GCGGGGCGCGACGGGCGCGUAGUGGGAAAGAGGAAGUGGAACCGGGCGAGCUGCAGGGCUUGAGGCGGCCGGAGCCGGCGCUGGAGCGCAGCGCACCGCGGAGCCUGGCGCUCAGGAGCCGCCCCUCUCCCGUAAGCGCAGCCAGGACUAUUCCAGAGACCGGACAAGGGAAGCUGGAGGCCUCGACCACGCACCCGAAUCUGCAGGUGAGGACGGACAGUGGGAGUCGUGGGUAAAGACGUCAGAAAAGCCAGUGCCAUCUGUGAAACAGAUGGGCAUCGCCGGCUGCAACCGAAAGGGCCGCCAGCUGUAACUCAAGUUCCUGAUCCAAGGACCACAGCUGAAGCUUCCCAGUCCCCAGAACCAAAGGCCAUGGAGUUUUCUGACAGUGACCGACCCAUCAGCUUCAGCUCCACCUCAUCUUCGGCCUCCUCCAGGGACAGCCAUGGCUCCAUUGGCAGCAGAAUGACUUUGGUUUCAAAUAGCCACUUGGGCUUAUUUCGCCAGGAUAAGGAAGCUGGGGCCAUAAAGCUGGAGCUGAUUCCAGCACGGCCAUUCUCCAGCAGCGAGCUGCAGAGGGACACCCCUUCCGGGCCACCGAACAUGGAUGGGGUCAGCGAGAGGCAGCCCAGGAUCCAGUGGAGAGUGGACACGAAUGGGGCACCCCAAACCACUGCAGACUCGGACACCAGCCCCAAGCUCCUCUAUGUGGAUAGAGUGGUACAGGAAAUCCUGGAAACUGAGAGGACCUACGUGCAAGACCUAAAGAGCAUCGUGGAGGAUUACCUUGCCUGCAUCCGGGACCAAACAAAACUUCCCCUGGGGACUGAAGAUAGGGCUGCUCUUUUUGGAAACAUUCAGGAUAUCUACCACUUCAAUAGUGAACUACUUCAAGAUCUGGAAAACUGUGAAAACGAUCCUGUGGCCAUAGCAGAAUGUUUUGUGUCAAAGAGUGAAGAGUUCCACAUUUAUACCCAGUACUGCACCAACUACCCAAGGUCUGUGGCCGUGCUCACUGAGUGCAUGAGGAACAAGAUACUGGCCAAGUUCUUCCGGGAGCGCCAGGAAACUCUGAAACACUCACUGCCCCUGGGGUCUUAUCUCUUAAAACCAGUUCAGCGGAUUCUCAAAUAUCAUCUUCUUUUACAUGAAAUAGAAAAUCACCUUGACAAGGACACCGAAGGCUAUGAUGUUGUGCUCGAUGCUAUAGACACGAUGCAGCGAGUGGCCUGGCACAUCAAUGACAUGAAGCGGAAGCAUGAACAUGCUGUCCGCUUGCAGGAGAUCCAGAGCUUGCUAACUAACUGGAAGGGGCCAGACCUCACCAGCUUUGGGGAGCUGGUACUUGAGGGGACUUUCCGCAUCCAGAGGGCCAAGAAUGAAAGGACUCUCUUCCUCCUGGACAAGCUGCUUCUCAUCACAAAGAAGAGAGACGACACCUUCACAUACAAAGCUGACAUCCCGUGUGGCAACCUCAUGCUUGUGGAGAUCAUAACAAAGGAGCCGCUCAGCUUCAGUGUCUUUGACUACAAAAACCCCAAGAUGCAGCAUACAGUCCAGGCCAAAUCCCAGCAAGACAAACGCCUCUGGGUUCUGCACCUGAAGAGAUUGAUUCUGGAGAACCAUGCAGCAAAGAUCCCAGCUAAGGCCAAGCAGGCAAUACUCGAAAUGGAUGCCAUCCACCAUCCAGGCUUCUGCUACAGCCCUGAGGGACAGACCAAGGCACCGUGUGGCUCCAAAGGAGGCCCUGCACCCUAUCGGCAGAGGCGGAAAUCUGAACCUUCCUCCCGGACGCGCAAAGUGUUGAAGAGCAGUGAAACUGCACAUGAUAUCCAGAAGGUUUCCAGAGAGGAAGGCUCUUCCCAGGUGACUUCUGCCACGCCUUCUCCCGCCCAGAGGAACAGCCAGCCAAGCAAUACCGCCCUCGUCAGUCUGCUCCGCGGGGGCGGCGCCAUCAGAAGCCUCUGGACAGAUCCCCACAUCAGGCAGUCCUUGUUUCCCAGCCGCCGGUCUCCACAGGAGAAUGACGACGAUGAUGACUACCAGAUGUUCGUCCCGUCCUUUUCUUCUUCCGAUCUCAAUUCCGCCAGGCUGUGCGAGGAGAACACCUCCAGCCGCCCUUGCAGCUGGCACUUGGGACUGAUGGAGCCCGCCGAGAUCUCCAGCUCCAGUCACAGGGUUGUCCGGCGGGCCAGCAGUGCUGGUGAAAGCAACACGUGUCCUCCUGAAGUAAGAAUGAGGGACAGCGAUGGCUCUCCGUACUAUCCUGCCAGAGAACUGCAGAAUGGUCCUCAACUAGGAGGACAGGGAGGGAUGACCCCCUUUGGGUCGUCUGUAGAGUUGACGAUCGAUGAUAUAGACCAUGUCUAUGAUAACAUAAGUUUCGAAGACUUGAAGUUAAUGGUUGCUAAGCGGGAUGAAGCCGAAUCCUCUUUCCCCAAAUCACCCAGAGACUCUGUUCGCCCCAAGAGCACCCCGGACUUAGCCUUCUCGAAGAGGCAGGCUAGCCACAGUACAAGCUCUCUCUACUCAAAGAAAGAGGCAGCUCCCAGUGCUCAAGAGGCAUCUAACCAAAGCAUUCAUGAACUCCAAGUAGUGGAAGAAAACAUCUAUGACACCAUAGGGCUCCCAGACCAACCAUCACUGGACUUCAAAUGCAGUACACUUAAGCAGCCCAAAAGGAGCACCUUCCUGGGUCUGGAGGCUGAUUUUGCAUGCUGCGACAGCUUGAGACCGUUCGUCUCCCAGGACAGCCUCCAGCUCAGUGAAGAGGACGUGUCUUACCCUCAGGGGCCCUCCGAUACUGACUAUCUGAGUUUCUUGUAUGACUCUCCCCGCUGUAACCUGCCCAUCGCAGAUAAGGCUCUGUCAGACAAAUUGUCUGAAGAAGUAGAUGAAAUCUGGAACGACCUGGAAAAUUACAUCAAGAAGAAUGAAGACAAAGCGAGAGACCGUCUCCUCGCCGCGUUUCCUGUCAGCAAAGACGACGUGCCAGAGAGGCUGUAUGUUGAGAGCACCCGUGAGCUGAGCAGAGAUUCGGGGCGUGCCUCAUCUAUGCUGUCCCUUCCGGGGAGCCAGGCUUUUCUCAUGCCUGGGCAAAGCAGGGUUGCCAGAGCUAGCAGGGUUAACUGCUCGCGUGAAGAUGACCUGAUUUCAACAGAAGGCUCCUUCGUGAGCCUUAACCAACUCUCUCUGGCUAGUGGAGUACCUCCUGUGGACAGUCCCUAUGAACUGGCCAACUACAGCCUGCCCCAAACAGACCCAGAAAACUCUGACCUUGGGAUGGAAGCCACAGAUAAGACCAAGAGCAGGGUCUUUAUGAUGGCAAGGCAGUAUAGUCAAAAGAUUAAGAAAGCCAAUCAGCUUCUGAAAGUGAGAAGCCCAGAGUUGGAGCAGCCACCACCCAGUCAGCAUAAGCCCAUUCCCAAAGACCUGGCAGCCAUCUUGGAAGAGAAGAGGCAAGGAGGGCCUGCCAUUGGUGCCAGGAUUGCUGAAUACUCCCAACUGUAUGACCAGAUCGUGUUCAGAGAGACACCCCCUAAAGGACAGAAGGAUGGCUGGUCCAGGACCCAAGAACCCUCUCUCCAUAGGCCUGCAUCACCUUCCCAGGCCCAGCGUGCUGGUGAGGACUGGCUUUGGCAUUCAUCCUACAGUAACGGAGAGCUAGCCGAUUUCUGUUCCCAGCCAGAGCAAGACUCAAAGUCAAAAUAUCCCACAUUAGAGGCCAUCACCAAAAGCAUUCCCAGACAGUUGUCGGCAGCUUGUUCAGUGCCUUCUCUUCAAGAAUCCGAGCCCCUGCUGGGCUCUGCGCAGCGAUGCAGCGUGGUGGUUAGCCAGCCCCACAAAGAGAACUGCCAGGGCUAUCUUUACAACUCGCUGGGUCGCAAAGCAGUCGGAGCUAAACUCCAGCCUUAUAGCAGGCCCCAGUCAUCUUCCUCAAUCUUGAUAAACAAAUCUCUUGACUCCAUCAACUACCCAAGUGGGACAGAACAAAAGCCACUGCUGUCUCUACAGAAAAGUUCCAGAGGUGCGAGCCAACAGGACUUGCUGUCGGGUGUGGUGGACUCAUGUCAACAGGACACUGGAAAACGCUCUGAUCUUACCCUCCAAGACUCACAGAAAGUUCUGGUGGUAAAUAGAAAUUUACCCUUAAGUGCCCAAGUAGCGACACAAAACUACUUUUCUAAUUUCAAAGAGACUGAGGGAGAUGAAGAUGACUACGUGGAAAUAAAGUCAGAAGAGGAGGAAGUGGGGCCCGAUCUCUCUCUGAGUCGGGGCAGGAAAUCUGACCCAAGUAUCCCAGACCCUGGCUGUUCUGGAAACAUUUGUAACCACGGCACGUCUUGCUCUUUGAAAGAGCCCGUGAGCGGCAGGCUUGGGCUUCCCCCUUACUUGACAGCAUGUAAGGACUCCGACAAACUGGAUGAUUAUCUGUGGAGGGGGCCAUCACCCAAUCAGCAAAACCUUGUCCAGUCUCUGAGGGAGAAAUUUCAAUGUCUUAGCUCCAGCACCUUCGCCUAGGAUUCUAGAACUGUCUGAAUUGGCUCCUCGGUCUUACCAGUUACCAAUAGGGAUGAGGUGUUUUGUUGUUUUUUAAAUAUAUGUACUAGUUGAAAACAAUUUUGUAACUGCCAGGGGUGUAAAACACCCCUUCCUUGCUUUACAGCACGGCGGCGGCGCUUUGUGCUGGCUGACCGUGAUGUUUCCCCCAUAUCCUGACGGUAGCGCACUUACAGCUCUUAGAUGACCCCCCUUCCCCACACCCCGAGGAGUUUCCUACUGUGACUCAGAGGCAGCAUGAGUCUCUGUCACAGUACUUCAAAAGAGAAAGUAGAGUUAUUUAAAGAGUUCUGUGUGGCAUUUCUGUUAUAUUUAUGGCAAGACUCAAGAAUGACGCGUGCCAGAGACCGGUGGUGAGAAUAUAGCCUCAUGGUGCUUCAAGGUCCCCCCACUGGUGUUCCGAUUGCAUUGCAUUUGGAUGCCGCCAUGACAUGACUACUGGAAAAACUAAACGGCAGUCCUAGGAUCCACUUGCUACUAGAAAACAAAACAAAGCAAAAUAAGACCAAAAAAAAAAAAAAAAAACCCUUUACCUGUGUUCCUAGACAAGGCCCAGAUGGUAUGCCACUAAUCAUGGUAAUUCUACAAUUUCGGGGUGAAAUAAACUAUUUUUUUCAUGACUUAAAGAAAUCCAAGCUCAAAAGAAUGUAAGACAACUUAAUUACUAGAUGAGGGAGACUUCUGGAACAACCUGAUUGUUUCUUCAUGUUGCACCUAAAAAAGAACUGCUCCCCCAAACACCACAACCCAAAGCCCCCACUAUACUGCUUUCUAUGCCCAUCUCUCAUCAAUGCAGCGUAGACCAGCAGUUAAAAUAAGACAAAACCCACUAAUGACUUGUGGAGAGCAAUUCCUCAUAGACACUUUUCUGAACGCCCUACUUGAGAAGUCUUUGUCACAGAGAUGGGAGUUUCACUUCUAAACAAUGGUGGCAUGGGGCCUCCUUCAGUGUUUCAGAACAUAUAGAAGACCCGAGCCUCUGGUUGCUGGGCUCUGGCUAGUCACUUCCUCUUUGUUGUAACUGUAGUUCUCUACAGCAUUGCACUGUGAUACCACACCAGUCUAGCUCCUUGUAGAUAGGGACGGAAGAUGCAAAGAGAGAAAUGAAGACAGAUGUGUUGCUGCUUCAGAAAAGCGUUUUAAUGAAGGCCCCAUAAAGGCUGUCAGACUUUUGUCUCGCAGUACCGUGUUCUCAUUUUAUUUUAUUUUUUUUUUUAUUCCAAUGGG